AUGGGGCUCAAGGCGGCAGGGGCCUUGCGUCCGCUGGGAACAUGCUCGAGCCCUCCAGCUAUACUGAGAAUUGUCCGCCCAGCCAUCGCGCCAGUGCGAGAGAAAAUGUCCAAAAGUGUUGCUCUUUCUUCCUUCGUCUCGUCGAUCGUACAGUACAGUGGACUCGCUGACAUGCCGCCAAAGCGAGGGAGACGGUCCUCGCCAGUGGCGGGGCGAUCGACGCCGACGAAGCGGCCGCGGCCUGAGCUGGCGAACUCAGAAGCUGCGCAAGACGUGUCGGCGCUGUCGGUGUUGGCCCCUUCGACGCUGGGGAUGUAUUUACCGCGGGCGAAGCGCGAGGUGCUCAGAGUGCUUGCGGGUGGGCUCCCCCCGACGGCCCACCGAGACGGCCGGGAGUGUAUAGGGCUGAAGGAGCAGUUCGCGAGUGUCAGGAGCGCAUUGGAUGGGACUGUCAAUGCGGGCGAGGGGAAUAGCGUUCUCCUUGUCGGCGCGCGGGGGAGCGGCAAGAGCCUGGUACUUGAGAGUGCGCUGAGAGGACUGGACGCAAAGAAGGAGCCACACGUCGUCCGGCUCGAUGCCGCACUGCAGUACACGGACCGCCUGUCGAUGAGGGAGCUUGCGCGGCAGCUGAUCAGGCUGGGUGCCUUGAGGUUGCCAAAGACUCAGGAGGAGGAAGCGGCACUAGGGCUGGUCAAGGAUGACGACGAGGAGGCUGCUGAGAAUGCACAGCGAGAGGCAGAAGAGGGACCAGAAGACGAGGAGCCAGGGAGAGGGGACGAGGGCGAGGACGGAAAGGAAGACGAGGAGAAGGAAGCGAUGGCCGGGGCUGUCUUGUCAUCUCUUGCAAACACGACAUCCACGAUUCUCUCACUCCUUUCCAAUGGGGCAAACGACGCCGGGACCGAUGCUCGGCCCCUCGUCAUCGUCCUCUCAUCCUUUGAGCUCUACACGACGCGGCCCCGUCAGGCAUUGCUCUAUGUCCUGCUCGAUGCCGUCCAAGCUGGAUCAUAUGCGCCGGGGCUGGCGGUCGUGGGCUCGACGUCGAGGUUAGGCGUGACCGACCUCCUCGAGAAGCGGGUGCGAAGCCGAUUCAGCGGCAGGGUCGUCAACUUCAUGCCGCGAAUGGACCUCGCUGCCAAGGCAGUCGAACAGGCACUCAGAGCAGGCACGUUGGAAGACGCAGGAGAGGAGGCCAAGAAGUUCAAUGAGGCCUGGACGAAGGAGGUGGACAGUGUCAAGGAUGCAGAGCUGGAUGACUGGGAGGGGCUCGACGAGCUCGUGGAACUCACUUCGAUCCGUGAUGUCUACAACUCCGCUCUCCCAAAGAUAGCCAAGCUCUCGCCUUCGAGCCUGUCCCUCGUCAGCCUCCUCUCGACGUCGUUCGACCCGCCUCCAGCGCCCGACCGCAUCGUCCUGCGCAGCCUGACCUCGCUCGAGUUUGCCCUGCUCGUCUCUGCGCGCCACCUCCAGAUCAAGGGCCGUGAGACGACGUUCAACUUCGAGAUGCUACUCUGGCAGCUCAAGUCCUUUGUCGCGCGCCUCGACCGCGACCGACAAGGCUUGCUUGCCUCGGCGACGCCGGGACAGGCUGCUGCAGCGGCCUCGCCCGAGGGGCUCCAGACGCGCAGAAAGAACUGGGCCACGACGGGCGGCGUCUCGAGCGGCUUUGCAGAUCGCACAAGGGCAAUGAUGGCAUUCCGUAAUCUCAUCAGUCUCGAGCUAUUCUUGCCGGAACAUACCAUCAGCUCGUCUGGUCGUACGACUGCCAAGCGAGCGCCGCUGCCACGGAGCGAGUUCGUCUAUGUGCGUCUCGCCAUCUUUCCCACCGACAUUGUCAACAGCGUCAACGACGACGUCGAGCGGCGCGACACACUAGGCACUUCGCUGGUCCAAUGGGCCCGAAGCGCAGGCUGAACACAAUAGACAGUCCACAUAGAUUGUGAUUGCAAUACUCUCAAUCGUAGCUUUUUUGGG